GGAGCUUCAGGCCCGUGGGUCCCAGCACCGCGCUCCCGCCGGCAACAUGGCGGUCCUUGGAGUGCAGCUGGUGGUGACGCUGCUCACCGCCACCCUCAUGCACAGGCUGGCCCCACACUGCUCCUUCGCGCGCUGGCUGCUCUGCAAUGGCAGUCUCUUCCGAUACAAGCACCCUUCCGAGGAAGAACUUCGGGCCCUGGCAGGGAAGCAGAGACCCAGAGGCAGGAAGGAGCGAUGGGCCAAUGGCUACAGUGAGGAGAAGCCGUUAUCUGUGCCUCGAGACACCCCAUUCCAGCUGGAGACCUGCCCCCUCACAGCUGUUGAUGCCCUUGGUAACAACCCAGCUGGGUCCCCAACUCCUCUCCCUUGACCCACAUCCUGGUGGGGUUGGUGGGAGGAGCAUCCCAAGCAGGCUAAGCUGGGGACUGAGCUACAUGCUCCCCGCAGUCCUGCGCUUCUUCCUGGAGUACCAGUGGUUUGUGGACUUUGCGGUGUACUCGGGUGGCGUGUACCUCUUUACAGAGGCCUACUACUACAUGCUGGGCCCGGCCAAGGAGACCAACAUUGCAGUGUUCUGGUGCCUGCUCACCAUCGCCUUCUCUAUCAAGGUGUUCCUGACGGUGACCCGGCUGUACUUCAGUGCAGAAGAGGGAGGCGAGCGCUCCGUCUGCCUCACCUUCGCCUUUCUGUUUCUGCUCCUGGCCAUGCUGGUGCAGGUGGUGCGGGAGGAGACACUCGAGCUGGGCCUGGAGCCAGGCCUGGACAGUAUGACCCAGAACUUGGAGCCACUACUGAAGACACAAGACUGGGACUGGGCUCUCCCGCUGGUCAAGCUGGUCAUCCGGGUGGGGCUGGCGGCGGUAGGCUCCAUGCUGGGCGCCUUCCUCACCUUCCCAGGCCUGCGUCUGGCCCAGACCCACCAUGAUGCGCUCACCAUGUCAGAAGACCGGCCCAUGCUGCAGCUCCUCCUGCACACCAGCUUCCUGUCCCCCCUGUUCGUCCUGUGGUUCUGGACCAAGCCCAUUGCGCGGGACUUCCUGCACCAGGCGCCCUUUGGGAGCACUACGGUCUCUCUGCUGUCGGACUCGGCUUUUGACUCGCUGCGCCUCUGGGUGCUGGUGGCACUGUGCUUGCUGCGGCUAGCAGUGACCCGUCCCCACCUGCAGGCCUACCUGUGCCUGGCCAAGUCGCGCGUGGAGCAGCUGCGGCGGGAGGCUGGCCGCAUCGAGGCCCGCGAGAUCCAGCGGCGGGUGGUGCGGGUGUACUGCUACGUGACGGUUGUGAGUCUGCAGUACCUGACGCCGCUCAUCCUCACCCUCAACUGCACGCUGCUGCUCAAGACGCUGGGUGGCUACUCCUGGGGUCUGGGCCCGGUCCCCUCGCUGUCUCCUACCCCAUCCUCAGCCCGCGAUGGCCCGGUUGGCCCGGAGGAGGACGAGGUCCAGCAAACUGCUGCCCUGAUCGCUGGGGCCCUGGGCAGCCUGCUCACGCCCCUCUUCCUCCGUGGCGUCCUCGCCUUCCUCAUCUGGUGGAUCGCCGCCUGCCAACUGCUCUCCAGCCUCUUUGGCCUGUACUUCCACCAGCACCUGGCGGGCUCCUAGCCGUCUGCAGAUACUCCUGAGGUCCCAAGCUCUGGUCCUGGGCCAGCGGGACAUGGGCCGCCCCCUCAGUGUCCCCAGGAGCAAGGCGGCCCUGGGAGUCUCUGCUGUGCUAGCUGUGCCACUCCCCUUCACCGCAGUGCCUGAUUCUGUACCCCAGCCCCCUUGGACCUCGAGCUUCUGCCUCAAAACUGACUCCCCAGGCCCAGCUGCAGAGGGUCCCGUGGCCAGCUAUUGUUCCCAGAUUGCAUGUGCCCAGUUUGCAGGGUGGUAAGGGUUGGGGGAGGGGGACACUCUUCUAAACAAAUAAAGGAGCAAGCUGCUUUUUACAAAAAGGAUUCAGGAGUUCCCCGUCGUGGCUCAGUGGUUAACAAACCUGACUAGCAUUCAUGAGAAUGUGGGUUGGAUCCCUGGUCCUGCUCAGUGGGUUAAGGAUCCAGCAUUGCUGUGAGCUGUAGUGUAGGUCACAGAUGUGGCUCAGAUCCCGUGUUGCUGAGGCUGUGGCUGUGGCUUAGGCUGGGAGCUACAGCUCCAAUUCCACCCCUAGCCUGGGAAGCUCCAUAAGUGGCCCUAAAAAGACAAAAGACCAAAAAAAAAAAAAGGUUCAAAUGGUUUGGGAGGCAGCUUCCCAUAGGCUCUCGGGUCACCUGAGUGCACAGAGGUGGGGGAUUGGGACUUCAGUGUUGAGUGAUGGGGAUGAUGGAGGGUGAGCGUAGCAAAGGCCUGGGAGGAAGAAGGGAGGAGAGAAGAAAAGGGGGUGAGAAGAAAUGUACAAAAAGUGAGAAGUGAGAGAAACACCUGGCAAGGGAAGUUGAAGUUGGUGAGCCUAUGAUGCAGGGCAGGAGGCCAUGGUGGCUACAGACCUCUUCCACUGAUAUAGGGGGGCUGCUCUUUUAUUUAUUUAGUCAUUUUAGCAGUGCUUGCAGCAUAUGGAAAUUCCCAGGCCACAGGAGUGGCCUAAACCACUGCAGUGAUAACACUGGUUCCUUAAUCCUUAACCUGCUGCACCACAAGAGCACUUUCAUAUCAAGGUCACACACAGCCAAUGGGCCCAUCAUUGAGUCCAUGGUGACCCAGGGAAGGAGCAAGUGCGGCCAUCACUGACUCUGGCAUUUUCCUGUAGCUGUGGCCACCUAGUGGGAAACUGAUGUGUGUGCAUGUGUGUGUGUAUUCUAACCUACACGUUUUUAAACCAAAUCCAGCUGACAGAAAUUUUUUUUUUCUUUUUCCUUUUUUUUUUUUUUUUUUUUCAGAGCUGCACCCAUGGCAUGUGGAAGUUCCUGGGCUAGGAUUUGAAUUGAAGCUGCAGCUGCCGGCCUACGCCACAGCCACAGCAAUACCAGAUCUAAGCGUUAUCAGCAUUGUGGCAAUGCUGGAUCCUUAACCCACUGAGUGAGGCCAGGGAUUGAACCUGCAUCCUCAUGGAUACUAGUUAGGUUCUUAACCUGCUGAGCCACAAUAGGAAUUCCCAGCUGAGUAAAUUUUAAAGAUCAAUGAUUCAUGAAUCGGGCUGUAUGCAAUCUAACAGAUAGAAAGGAAUUCCUGAUGAGUUGUAUACAAUGAAAGACUUUAUAAGGCAGAAGGAAGCAGGAACAAGGAAGUUAUACUAGCAGAAAGCAGACUGGCUGUGGCAAGGUCACUGUCCUUCAGGGGAUGGCAGAGUAUCUCAGGUAGAUGACCUCACUAGUGCUGAUCAGGCCAUUUCUGAUUGACUGGUUUCAAAGUCUAUUACUGGGAGAGCUCAAACUGUAAUUAAGCCUUGGUUUGGUGACAUGGGCCUUAACAUAAGUGACUCCACUUUGAGCUUGUUGUUCUUUUUCAAAAUGUAAAUUAUGUGAUCUUUUAGCAUGUGUAAACUGUAUACUAAGAAUAAAAAAGAUAAAGUGUUC